AUGUCACUCCUUUCACUAGUGUUGAACUUGCAUGGUGAAAGCUCGCGAAAUCAAUCACCACCACUGCCAAAAUCAAUACGGUCUAGGCAACUAUCACCGAUACCAUCCACCGAAACGAAACCUCCUAAGCCUUCCAACUAUAACAUCAGCAUCAACUUGGAAUCACCACCGAUAGUCCUCUAUGGUAAUCCAACAGUAUCAACUGGCUCAAUAAUAUCAGGAAUACUCACCGUCAACACUUCCAAACCGGUAAAACUUGAAUCUGUCACUCUUUCAUUAGUACAGACCAUGCAAUAUGCCAAACCAUUCACUGUUCCCGGUAUCAUAUGCAAACAAUGCAAUUCCUUGAAUAUUUCUACUCAUGAAUUAGCCAGAUGGGAUGUCCUCACAUCCAGAACUACCUUCUCCAAGGGGAACCAUCAAUACCCCUUCUCGCAUUUACUCCCAGGAUCACUACCUCCAACAUCCAAAUUAGGAUCGCCGACAGGAUUAACCACAUACAUCAAGUAUGAGCUUAUCGCAAUAGCUAAGUCCAAAAACAACUCUAUCGAACUAUCAAUGCCCAUCCCCAUAUCUCGACUGAUCUUGAAAGGUCCGGAACGAAACUCACUACGCAUAUUCCCACCAACUGACGUCCAGGCAUCAGUCACCCUUCCCAAUGUUAUCCAUCCUAAGUCUACAUUCCCGAUCGAGAUCAAGUUGGAUAACUUAGUCUCUAAGAAACGCCGAUGGAGAAUGAGGAAGUUGACAUGGAGAAUUGACGAACACACCAAAGUCAAAGCACGAACUUGUGAUGUUCAUGCGGCAAAGUUACCGGAUGUUGUUCACUUGUAUGGAAAGAUCAAUGGUGAGAAAUCAACGAGGCAACCGGGUGUGCACACCAGCAUGUCAUUACUGACAUGUCCUACUCGCCAACCCCGCAGUCAUCAUCACCAUCACCAGCAUAGUCACAGUCACAGUCAUAGCCACACCGAUAAUGACAAUAGUACACCAGUUGAACCACCAGAACCAGAAGUUGAAGAAACACCUAUCCCAGUAACCAACGCUCAUCAAAGUUUCGUGGAAGAUUUCGUCAAUAAUAGUUCCACUGCACCUACCACUGCUGAAUUAAGCCCAGAACAAUCACCUGCUGUCGUUGAACUCGACCAACAAAAACACUUAUACAUAGAAGAAACCCGUACGGUAGCUAGUGGUAACAUCAAACUGGGCUGGAAAUCAGAUUUUACCGGCCGCGGUCAGAUUGAGCUUGGUGCAUUCAUAAACAUAUCCCUGAUAACUAGUGGUAUACCAAGCACAGUUACAUCUAUAUCCAGUAAUGACAACAAUGACGAUCCCCAUGAGUCAUUAAUGAAUGCAAACAUAUCCUGUGACAUUGAUGACCCUACACUAGGCGUUCAUGUCAAUCAUACAUUCGUUGUCGAAGUCGUGGUUGCGGAAGAAGUAGUCACUGUUCCGAAAGAAAUCCCCCUCUCAACAGCAAGAACAAGAGGAGCUACAAUAUCAAGAAUUCCAUUGACUCCAAGCAUAAGUGCACCUGCUACUGCCAGCAGUUCAUCAAGACUGCGUUCUGCAUCAGCUGCUGCCACCACACCUACACCAGCUGCACCUACAGCCAGCGCAUCGAUACCCACCGGUGCCGCCCGUGUUCUCCGCAUGCAAUUCAAACUCCCAAUAACUGAACGAUCAGGGUUGGGUAUCGCCUGGGAUGAUGAAGUGCCACCAACUUAUGAAGAUAUAAGGACAUUCAGUCCUCCGAAUUAUGACAACUCAAGCACGCCCACAUUGUACACGAGUGUUACAAGACAUGUUAGCAUUGAUGGGAUAGCUGGGGAUUUACCAGAAUUUACAUUAUAG